AUGAAACAAAGUAAAAAUCAACUUCGGAGGGCCCGAAAAAAGAUUCAAAAGGCAGAGGCUGCGAGCGAGGCCAUUGAAGAUGCUCCCCAAGAGCAACAAAUUCACCAAAAUUCAGUCUCUAAUACCUCUAAAGUACCGAGCGCUCCCGCUGAUGGGCCUUCCCCCGAGGACAAUGAUCCAUUAUGGGAGAUGUACAAGGGCAUCGUCAGUAAAUUUGACGAGACCGCCGGCGAAACAGCCACAACCAAGGAUGUUGAGAAACCAGAAGUCUAUUAUGAUGACGCAGACGACAUCCCGGACGAGGAAAACGAACAAGAGCCGAGAAUAUCGAAAAAGAAGCGCAAGGAGAUGAACAAGUUAUCCGUGGCCGAACUCAAAGCCAUGGUUCACAAGCCUGAAAUCGUGGAGUGGACAGACACAUCUGCGACUGAUCCUCGACUUCUAAUCCAGAUCAAAGCCCAUCGAAAUGUGGUCCCGGUUCCUUUACACUGGUCGCUCAAGCGGGAAUAUCUAUCAUCCAAGCGAGGCGUGGAAAAAGCGCCCUUCGCCCUUCCCAAGUUCAUCCAGGAAACUGGUAUCGCGGAAAUGCGUGAUGCUGCUUUGGACAAGCAGGACCAGUCGAGCUUAAAACAAAAACAAAGGGAAAGAGUUCAACCCAAGAUGGGACGCUUAGAUAUUGACUACCAGAAGCUAUACGAGGCGUUCUUCCGCUUUCAAACAAAGCCAGAGCUGACUCGAUAUGGUGAGAUUUAUUACGAGGGCAAGGAAUAUGAAACCAAUCUCAAGCACCUUCGCCCAGGCGAAUUGAGCGACGAACUCAAAGAGGCCCUGAAUAUGCCACCGGGAGCUCCUCCGCCUUGGCUCAUCAAUCAGCAACGUUACGGUCCACCUCCAUCCUACCCUGCCUUGAAAGUCCCUGGUCUAAAUGCACCGCCCCCACCAGGUGCGAUGUGGGGCUAUCACCCUGGAGGAUACGGAAAGCCUCCGGUUGAUGAGCACAACCGACCGCUUUAUGGAGGUGACAUCUUUGGCGUCUUGCAGCCCCAGCAAAAUGACCAGCAAGGAGAGCCGAUCGAGAAAGAUCUCUGGGGAGAGCUACAGGCAUCAGAGGAAUCCGAGGAAGAGAGUGAAGAAGACGAGGAUGAAGAGGAAGACACCGAUGAGGAGGAGGCUGAAGCCGAAACCCACUCCCCUAGUGGCUUGGAUACUCCUAGUGGUAUGGCUUCAGCGGCGCCGUCAGAAUUUGUGGGAACGGAGAGUGUUGCUGGAGAAUUUGACGUUCGAAAGCACCACCGAGGAACAGAGACUGAAGAGACUGUUCACCCCCGGAGCGCAUACCAGGUUAUCCCGGAGAAACAGACGAGCGUCCAAGGAUUCUUUGGUGGAGAUCGAGCGUAUGAUCUCAGUACGUCCUCCGGUAAACCUCCACUUCUUGGAGUUGACGACCAAACCCGAAAACGCAAGAAGCCAGGGGAUGUGGACGUUUCGGUGGACUUGGAUGCAAUCCAAGCUGGCGAUGGUCUCAGCAAAGAGAGUCUUCAAAACAUGUACGAUGUACAAAGACAGCAGCAAAACCAGCCACAAUGGGGAUUUCAAGAGGAUCUUAGUGAUAUGAUCGCACAAGAGAGUCGCAAGCGAUUGCGCAAAGAAGAAGAGCGACGGGGCAAGCACUGA